AAGGCGCGCGAGGCUGGAGCCAAGAUCUCGCGACGGCGCUGAGAACGCUCCAACCGCUCCUGAUUCCCUUUCGCGAGUGCCAGGCGGACUGGCGCAAGCUAUUGCUUGGCUGGGCCAGCGCCGACAGCCGCCGCCGGGGCAGCGCUCGAGCGCUCCGAAGAGCAAGGCUGGCGUCGCUCCCGCACUCUGCCCAACGCGCUGCUCCCUGCUGCCAUCUCCCGUCCAGGGUAAGCGAAGGCGCCCGUUUCCUGCGCGGCCCGCCGGCAGACACCCUGGAUCCCGAGCGCAUCGCGCGCAGCCGGGAUAAGAAACGAAGGCGGCUCCAAAUCCGGAGCGCCAGCGCAGAUGAAGCAGUGCUACUCCCCGAGGCUUUCUCUCGUGGAGGGAGCGAGCGAGCUCUGGCCGGCUGGGAAGCAACACGUGGAGACAAACGGGGCGGGGGGUGCAGACGCAUCCUGCGGAGUCAAACGAGGGCAAGCAAGCGCCCGCCCUCCUCACCCUCUUUCUCUAGACCCCUUCUAGUCUUCCUUGACCUCUCCCCCCCUCCCGCUGUGCUUCCUUUCCUCACUACACGUUGUUGCAUUUCCCACAAAGAUGGUGGCGGGCACGUGAGAACGCGCUCAUUCCCUUCCUCCUCUGGCUCGUCUCUCCAUCAACAUGUACAUCAACAUCCAAGCUGCAGGCAGAGCCCUCCCCGCCCCUCUUGCUGCGGAAGACGUGCGGGUGCCUUUCCCCACCCUCUCUCCCUUUCCUUUCCUGGAAGAAAAAAAAAACCCCGACAUGCAGCGUCUCUGGCAGAAGGUGGACGCGGAUGGGACAAGCAUCCUGGGUCGAGCUUGCGGAGGCGUGCGUCGCCGCUGUCGUCUUCUUCCUUGCUGAAGGCACGUGAAGCGGGGCAUGACCCCCUUUCCCAGACGUGUUUGGGGAUGGAUUUCCAGACUGGCCGAUUCUUCGGUUACUUCUUUUGGCCCCUCGUCAACCUCCCUUUUACCCAAGGAGUUGAAUGCAAACCUGGUUGUCAUCCAGUAAGUGGAUAUUGUGAAGUUUCAAGUGAAUGCAGAUGUCAACCCGGUUGGCAAGGCCCACUCUGUGAUCAGUGUAUCCCUUUCCCUGGCUGCGUGCAUGGGACGUGUGCCAAACCGUGGCAAUGCAUGUGUGAGGAGGGAUGGAUCGGCAGCCUCUGCGAUACAGAUGUUCAUCCUUGCUCUUCAAAGCCUUGUACAAAUAACUCAACCACUUGCAUUGAAACUGGCGAUGGUGGAUACAUUUGUUUGUGUGCUCAAGGAUAUACUGGAAAAAACUGCCGCGUGAAAAAAGGGCCCUGUAUCGUUAAUGGUUCUCCGUGCCAGAAUGGAGGGACCUGUGUCGACAGCAAUGGUUUUGCACCACACGCUUCCUGCCUGUGCCUUCCUGGUUUUACUGGACAUUUUUGUGAAAUAGAUAUGGACGACUGUGAGUCAAACCCAUGUGAAAAUGGGGGAACGUGCACAGAUAUUGGCAGGGGUUUCCGCUGCCUGUGCCCCACCGGGUAUGGAGGUGCAUCAUGCGGCAGCCGCGUCACCACCUGCGCCAGUGGCCCGUGCCAAAAUGGUGGGACAUGUCACGAACACCCCAGUGGAAGCUUCCAGUGCAUUUGCAAGCCACAUUAUGUCGGGGUCACUUGUGCUUCUUCCAGUAGAAAUGUGAGUGUUGGUGUGGAGGCUAAACACAGGUGGAAUCACCAUCUGCACCCUAAAGCUCACACCAAACCAGAUCGCUCCCAAGAACAAGAAGUCUUGACCAUAAAGGAGACAAUGGAAAGCAGGCGCCAGUUGCUUAAUAAGAGUCAGGUGAUCUGCUUCAUGGUGCUUGGCUUGCUUACAUGCCUUGUUGUGCUGGGUACAACUGGGAUUAUCUUUUUCUCCAAAUUUGAAGCAUGGCUUGCAAAUGCCAGAUACAGCCAUCUGGUACGCAAGGAGAGGGAUUGCUUUCUGAAGGCUAAUGAUGGCGAGAACCUUUCUGUGAACAUCAUAUUUCCUGAGAAGAUCAAACAAACUAACGAAUGAGAAAGAACUGUACCAAUGUCUAGGCUCUGUCCAAAGUCUUAUAUUUGGCAACAAUACAUGCUCUUGUUGUGUAGGUGGUUGGCUUUUCAUUUUUUUUGCAGAUCAAAACAUUUGCUGGCUUUGGGACCAGUUGGCGAUAAGAAAUAGUCUGUAUUUGUGUCACCCAAAGAAAUAUCCCAUUCCCAUUAUAAUAUUUUUUAAAAUCAAAUAAUAUGGUAAAUCCAUGAAUCUUAAUUUCUUUUUUGGGGAAAAAAGGCAGGUGACACAUUGUGAAAUAAGAGAACUGUCAUCAUUGUAUUAUCUGUAGCUUGUUUGGAAAUUGUGAUACUUCUAAGUCACUUUCCAAUGCUUGUUUUUUAAUAAAGAGUAAUUAAGGGCUAUAUA